AUGUCUCAAGAACAGGAUCCUUUACUAGCAGCAAUGGAAGAAAACGAUGGUGAUGACACUAACGGAGCUGGUACCAACUCUAAUUCGGGAGAAAAUAACGCUGCCGCACCUGAAACGGUGGAGCCUGUGGAUCCAGAACAGGCUGCAAAGGAAAAAGCGAUGUUACAUUUUAAGAAAAGACUUAUGGAACACAGACGAUACGACGAUAUGUUGAAGCAACGCAGAGAAACCAUACGGGUACUAGAAGCAGAAUAUGAGAGAACAGAACAGGAUAUCAAGGCGUUACAGUCGAUUGGCCAACUCAUUGGGGAAGUUAUGAAGGAACUUUCCGAGGAAAAAUACAUUGUAAAAGCGUCAUCAGGUCCUCGUUAUAUUGUGGGUGUGAGGAACUCCGUUGAUCGUUCCAAGCUAAAGAAGGGUGUCAGAGUCACACUUGAUAUUACUACAUUAACUAUUAUGAGAAUUUUACCUAGAGAAACUGACCCAUUAGUUUAUAAUAUGACCACUUUUGAACAAGGUGAAAUCUCUUUUGAUGGUAUCGGUGGUCUUACGGAACAGAUCAGAGAAUUGAGAGAAGUCAUUGAGCUUCCACUAAAGAACCCAGAAAUUUUCGAGAGAGUGGGAAUCAAACCACCUAAGGGUGUGUUACUAUAUGGUCCUCCUGGUACUGGUAAGACUUUAUUGGCUAAGGCAGUUGCUGCAACUAUCGGUGCCAACUUUAUCUUCUCCCCAGCAUCCGGUAUUGUAGAUAAAUACAUCGGUGAAUCAGCACGUAUCAUUAGAGAAAUGUUUGCAUACGCCAAAGAACAUGAACCUUGUAUCAUCUUUAUGGACGAAAUAGAUGCUAUCGGUGGACGUAGAUUUAGCGAAGGUACCUCAGCAGAUCGUGAAAUUCAACGUACAUUGAUGGAACUAUUAACUCAGAUGGAUGGUUUCGACAACUUAGGACAAACGAAAGUUAUUAUGGCUACGAAUAGACCUGACACUUUAGAUCCUGCUUUACUAAGACCUGGUAGAUUGGACAGAAAAAUCGAAAUCAGUUUACCAAAUGAGGCAGGAAGAUUAGAAAUCUUCAAGAUUCAUACAUCCAAUGUAAAAAAAGCUGGAGAAUUUGACUUUGAAGCUGCAGUCAAGAUGAGUGAUGGAUUUAACGGUGCGGAUAUCCGUAACUGUAUAACUGAAGCAGGGUUCUUCGCUAUCAGGGACGACCGCGAUUAUAUAAACCAGGAAGAUCUAAUGAAAGCCGUGAGAAAGGUUGCCGAAGUCAAGAAGCUCGAAGGCAAGCUUGAAUAUCAAAAGUUGUAA